AUGCUCCCUGGUAGGAAUAGAUUUUCAGCUCCAACAGUAACAUUUGAGGGUCAGUUCCCACUGGGACCCUUCCCCAGGCACAUCUGGAUCCACAACAACACUCCCCAAGAUAGCUUGGACGAGGCCUGCCAUGAGAUCUGGAAGCGCGUUCAACGACUCUCUGAAGAGCUGCAGCCCCUACCGCUGGUGCCACCGCUGCAGCAUGCUCCCUGCUCAGACCUCUCAGGGACCCUUCAAAGAGACACUGUCGACUACCAGAGCAACAGCUACUUACUAGAUGAACCAGAGGGGCUCGAAAGUAUAUACAGAGCAAUGAUUGGAAACAGAGAAAGGGAGAUGAAAUUAAGAGCUCUCUGUGAUGCUCAGCUUUCUGCUAAAUCCGUUAUCACCAGCCUUCUGUGUUCAGCAAAAUCCCACAAGAAUUCCAAGGGGCUGGCAGAUGGCAUCAUGACAGGCACUCGCAGCAUGGAGGGCAGAAAGCUAGAGGAGCCACUUCUACUGAAAUACAGAGACACUGCCGAAGGUGCAGACAAUCAGGUAAUGGCUGAGGAAACAAAGGUAGUGAAGGAGUUCAUACAGGACAGCAUGUUCAGCUCUGCCAAGAGUAGUACAGCUGUGUCAUCAACAACAGCAGAUAGUCAAGCCACAGGACAGAAGCAGCAGCUCCCACCAUUUGCCAAGAUUUGCUCCAAAACUGAUUCUGAUGCAGUCCCAAAGAAUUCAGUAACUACUGCAACACUGGAUAAAAAAAGCGUUAAAUACAAUGCGAGUACUUCAGGCUUUUCUACUACUUCAUCGACAACAGCAUUAAAUCAGCCAAUGUGGCAGAGUCUGAACUUCCCUCCAUCUUCCAUCUUUCCCAACCACUCAAACUUUCCACAGUUUCAGGGUCCGUAUCAUCAGAACGCAAGGAUCCCAUAUCAGCAAGCUUUGCACCCUUCCUUUGGAUGCUAUUCAAGACAGGUAGCUCCAUACAGCCCACUGCAGAUUUUCCAGCCACCUUACACUCCAGUGUUGAACUACAUCACUCUGGUUCAGCCUGGUUAUCCAUACCAACAGAUGACCCUGCCAACACUAUCCAGCAACAUGCAGGAUCUAUCACCAAUGGCAGGUGAUGGGAUCCAGCAUCCGUUUUCUCCUUCCUACAGUUCUACACCUGGAAGAGCUGUGACAACUAACCUCAACUACUUUUCCAGCGAGAGCUAUGUAAAAUUUUAA